AUGGCAACAGGCCGAGGAACUGAUAAAAUUCUCGAGAAACUUCGAACAUCGGUGAACAAUGGAAACUACUAUGAAGCUCACCAGAUGUACCGGACCGUUUGUAGAAGAUAUAUUAAACAGAAGAAAUACGACAGCGCCAUUGAUCUGUUAUAUUCUGGAGCGCAGCUUCUGCUUGAGCAUAAGCAAAUUGGUAGUGGAACUGAUCUUUCGCUUUACUUGGUUGACGCGUAUAAGGAAGCUGAAAUUCCUGUAACAGAGGAAUCAAGAGCACGUAUAACCAAUCUUCUAAGUCUUUUACCCAAUGAGCCUGGCCGUAGACGAUUCAUGGAUGCUGCUGUCCAAUGGUCCGCCAAGUUCAGUGAUAGUGUUGUCGGUGAUCCAGAACUGCAUCAUUUCAUUGGGGAGAUGUUGUGGAAAGAGAAGGCUUACCCGGAAGCAGAGCCUCAUUUCCUUGCUGGAUUACCAGCAAGUAGUCGGUCUUACGGGAAAAUGCUUGCUGAGUGGGCUUCUCAAGAUCAUCCGAGCAAAAUCGGAACUUACAUUUCACGGGCAGUGUUACAAUACCUGUGCUUGCGCAAUAUUCGCGAUGCGAGGACCUCGUUUGAUGCUUUUAUCGAAGCCAUGGCAGAAAAAGACUCGAGCAUAAAAUCCGGCACGGCUCCAUAUCGUCCCACGCUUGCAAGCGAUCCUGUCCAAAUAUCACUUUACACUAUACCGUUACUCAACUUUUUACAACUUUUAAUUCUCACUGUCCAACGUGAUGCACGGGAUCUGUUUAUCAAAUUACGAACAAAGUACAGUUCAAGCUUGGCCGUUGAACCAUCUUUUGAUGACUUACUUAAUAAAAUUGGUGAAGUUUUCUUUGAUAUAAAGCCGCAGAAACCGCAGCAAUACAACCUAUUCCAGGACCUAAUGAAUUCUUUCUUAUCUCCCCCUGGGAGUUCUUCUGAAUCACCGGCAAGCGCAAGGAUGUCGAUGUCGAGCGACCUUGAGUAG